CCCAGGCGCAGCUGCCGAGCGCAGGACGAGGGCGCAGGAACUUUGGGGAAGUGGCCGCGACACCCAGAGACGAAGUUUAUCCGCCAGCCUCUCGGUCGCUGAAUGCUCCGUCCCAAAGGCGUAGCGGGGACACCGAGGCGGAGCUGGUAAUGGAUCCGAGAUACGACAUCCAGCGGAGGGGCGCCGGGGGCUCCGGCGCAGGAUCCCCGGCUCUGACCGGGGCUCAGGCUCAGGCUCGGCGCAGGAAGAUGCCGCCGCGGCCGGCCGACUACAAGCUGCAGGUGAUCAUCAUCGGCUCCCGCGGCGUGGGCAAGACCAGCCUGAUGGAGCGCUUCACCGACGACACUUUCUGCGAAGCCUGCAAGUCCACCGUCGGAGUGGACUUUAAAAUCAAGACAGUGGAGCUUAGAGGGAAGAAGAUCAGGUUGCAGAUCUGGGACACGGCCGGCCAGGAGAGGUUCAACAGCAUCACCUCGGCUUACUACCGGGGGGCAAAGGGUAUCGUGCUGGUGUAUGACAUCACCAAACAGGAGACCUUCGAUGACCUGCCCAAGUGGAUGAAGAUGAUUGAUAAGUAUGCCUCUGAGGAUGCUGAGCUCCUGCUGGUGGGGAACAAACUGGACUGCGAAACCGACCGCACGAUCUCUCGCCAGCAGGGGGAGAGGUUCGCUUCCAGGAUCUCCGGGAUGCGCUUCUGUGAGGCCAGCGCCAAGGACAACUUCAAUGUCGAUGAGAUCUUUUUGAAGCUGGUCAAUGACAUUCUCAACAAGCUGCCACUAGAGGACCCCCACAGUGAGCUGUCCAGCAGCAUCCUCUCCCUGCAGCCGGAGCCCGAGGUGCCACCGGAGCUGCCCCCGCCACGCCUACGUUGCUGCUGAAGCUCCACCUUGGAUAGCCUCACCCACCAUCACCCAUCCAACCAACUACCACCACCCCAGUGAACCACUCUUACCAAUUAGGGUGCAGCAGUGGAGCCAAGUCCCCCUCAAUACCCCUCCCCCCCCCCCCACACCUCACAGUCUAAGACACGCAGGAAGGCUCCCUGACGCACACCCCCCAGCAGGGCUACCUCACAUGCAGGACAACUUAAUCAAACUGGGUGCCUCUAGUUAAGACCUGGAACAAGAUGGACUGGGAGGUUCCCUCCUCCAGUUAGAGGCAAAGCUACCCUGAGGCCACUCCCACUUCCAUCCAAUCUAUUGGAGCGUCUUCCACUCUCCACUUGCAGCCCCACUGCCCUGGAUCACAUGACAGGAAAAGGGCAUCUGGAACAACUUGCCAUAAACUUUUCACUUCUUCAUGGAUGGGAAUGUCUACGCAAUUAUAUUCUGCUUCUGGUGGGUCUGAGAUUUUGUUUAGAAAGGGAUUAUGCAUAAACGAGGUAAGGAAUUGCUGAGCGUAAGUCCUGCUCUUUCAGGAAGGGAAUCGUACUGCCUGCUUCUCUGUGAUUCACUGAUCAAUCAGAUCCCCAUACAACUGGCGUCUGUGGAAAGGAAGGGCCCUCGUCGGCAUCUUCAGGGCAGGCUUAUGGUCGAGGGGUCGCUGACAUGUAUGGAACAGAGUGGCUUUCGGAACUUCUCACUGACUGAGCCAGCUGGCGUGACGGUUUGUUUGAAAUUGGUCUUUUUUUGUUUUGUUUUACAUGGUUUGCACUACAAUCAUUUCUGAGUAGUUUUACAUGCAAUGGAAAGGUUCUCCCUGAAGGAGAUUUGGCAUGGUGAAUGCAGAGUUUCUCAGCACUGGUAAUGCUCACCGGUCGAGGUGCCAAGGCUUAAAGGGCGGCAGUGGGAGGGGCACGGCAAGGCGCCACUCCUUGCGAUCCCUCCACAUCCGUCAUCACAGGUUCCUUCCAGACUGGUUUUCUGAGAUGGACACACCUGCACUCUUGAACUUCCUGAAGUGGGACUGGAGAGAGGUGUGGAUAGGCAUGCAGUGAGUGAGGCCCUCUGCUGGUUGCGGGAGGCAGGGCUGUGCCUUGUCACAAGUGCGUCUCAGACAAGGACUCCAUUCAAAGUUUGAGGUGUUGCAUGCUCCUGUGCUACCAGCACACCUGACUGCAUGUCAGCGAGCAGGUGGGGGGGGGCGCCGAAAAAGCCUAGCCAGCACAGCUGCCCCACUGAGUUUGAGGUCAGCGGCAGAUGGGUGUGAUGUAACUAUCUGCUCAGAGACAGAGCCCCACCCACCCUCAUACAGUAUGGUGCCACUAAGGGGUCCAGCUCAUUUCCCAGAAAACACGAACAAUGAUUAUUUACAUCUAGUGCACAACUACUAACACAAUGUUGGUGCAACUUUCAUGCUUGACUAAAGGGUAGUGCAGUGUAUUGAUUGGUUGUCGCUUGAUGGAAGGCCACCAUGGUAAAGCAAAGAUCUCGUGGUAUGGGCACUUUUCCUAUCGAGUACGUGUGUUUGUGCAGGCAGUAUCACAGGACUACAGGUCUGGCCAUACACUGGCCUGAACGCAGUAUCACAGGACUACAGAUCUGGCCGUACACUGGCCUGAGCACAGUAUCACAGGACUAUAGGUCUGGCCGUACACUGGCCUGAACGCAGUAUCACAGGACUACAGGUCUGGCCGUACACUGGCCUGAGCGCAGUAUCACAGGACUACAGGUCUGGCCGUACACUGGCCUGAGCGCAGUAUCGCAGGACUACAGGUCUGCCCGCACACUGACCUGAGCGCAGUAUCGCAGGACUACAGGUCUGGCUGCACACUGGCCUGAGCGCAGUAUCAAUUGGUUCCACGCAGGCAGAAACUCCAGCGUUUUACAGCAUUGUGCCUAUACUCAAGACCUUGGUACAGACUGUCCAGUUGCCAGUGCAUCUAUCACUAAUGAAGGUUACCAUCCUUCACAGUAUUGUACAUGUAAGCCUUUUUUCUCAUUUUUGAAAUAUUAACCAUAUUCAUGAAAAUGCAUUGAACAGUUGUGCUAUAAACGGCAAUUUGUUCAAUGUGUGUGUUACUAAACAAGUUUUAUGUAUUUUAGUAUGCUGGCAUGUUUUACGUUGUGUGAUAUAACUUGUGGCAUUCUUAAACUAAUGCAGUGCAAAUAAAUAUUUUAUAUUUAUUACCAA